CUUCCACCGAUUUUUAGAGCCUUUGGGAGCACAGGAGGAAGCCAACCUUGGUAGCGCUCGCACUCUGUCUGACAGCUGCCGAGUAUGCCCUUUGGCCAGCUCGUCAUUGGCUCGCCGGGGUCGGGCAAGACGACGUACUGCCAUGGCCUGCACCAGUUCCUCGGCGCGCUAGGCAGGCCAGUCAGCAUCGUCAAUCUGGACCCGGCCAACGGCAGGAACCUGCCCUACCCAUGUGCCAUUGACAUAUCCGAGCUCAUCACCGUGUCCGACGUCAUGGCAGAGCUGCAGCUCGGGCCCAAUGGAGCCAUGCUCUACUGUAUCGAGUAUCUCGAAGAGAAUCUGGACUGGCUCGAGGCGCGACUAGAUGCACUGGGCGACGAGGCCUACGUCGCCUUUGACCUGCCAGGCCAGGUGGAGCUCAGCACCAACCAUGGCAGCCUCAAGCGGAUCGUCGAGAGACUGCAAAAGAAGCGAGACUGGCGGCUCGUAGCGGUGCACCUCAUUGAUGCGUCGCACAUCACCGAUGCUUCACGCUACAUCUCCCUGGUUCUGCUCUCGCUCAGGGCCAUGCUCAUGCUCGAGCUUCCCCAUGUAAAUGUACUGAGCAAGGUGGAUCUUCUUGGAGAGGCUGCGGGGGCCAAGAGAGAUAGAGAGGACGGAGAAGAGGACGGAGAAGAAGACGAAGAAGGUGACGAUCCAGGCGCAGAUGACGAAGGUUCUGAGACCUCGUCAAUACGAGCAGCCAAGAGCGGCCUCGCAUUCAAUCUCGACUACUAUACCGAGGUCCAAGAUCUCUCGUAUCUCCUCGGCCAUCUCAACGCAACGAUGGGCCCGCGUCGGAGCGCCAAGUUUUCGCAGCUCAACGAGCGCAUCUGCGAGCUUGUCGAAGACUUUGGUCUCGUCUCGUUUGAGACGCUCGCCGUCGAGGACAAGCGCAGCAUGCUGCGUCUCAUGCGCGUCCUCGACAAGGCCGUCGGCUACGUCUAUGUCCGCUCGGGCAGCGAUGGUGCACAAGAGAGGGAGCUACCUGACGCAGACGAUGCAGAGAUGGCCGCCUACGAGCCAGGCAGCUUCGUCGGCACCACGGGCUCGCGCAGGGGCACGGCCGCCUCGGCUGCCUCACUCUUUACCGUCGCCGACACGGGCGAGCCCGUCGGCUGGGGCUCGGCGGCCGACGUGCAGGAACGCUGGGUCGACCACCAGGACGCAUGGGAGGCCUACGAGGCCAAGGAGCGACAGGAGCUCGAGAAGCUUUGGCGAGACAACGAGAUCAAGGAGAGAAAGGCACCGGCGUGACUUCACACCCGGGCCAGAUAGGCAGAGACAGCGAAAAAGCACACGAACACACACCACACUGUAUCACUAAAUGCACUGAGUCGCAAAAUGGG